GAUCUUCUCUGGCUUUGAACAGCCAUGCUACUCUGUUGCCAAAAAUCAAGUAAAGCGAAUGAGCGCAUUUAUUCUCCUCUUGAAUUUGAAGAAGGUGGUAGCUUUGUAUAGUGCCUGAAGUUUCUAAAUGAUUUUAGCAGUGGAAGUUACAAACUUAGAGACCUAAAGAAAUCAUCAUGAAGCUAUAUGUAUUUCUGGUUAACACUGGAACUACCCUUACCUUUGAUACGGAACUUGCUGUACAAAAUGUGGCUGAUCUGAAACAUGCAAUUCAAACAAAGUAUAAGAUUGCCAUUCAGCACCAAGUACUGGUUGUCAAUGGAGGAGAGUGUAUGGCACCAGACAGAAGAGUGUGUAGUUACAGUGCUGGAACAGAUACCAACCCAAUUUUUUUAUUCAACAAAGAAAUGAUCUUGUGUGAACGUCCACCGGCUAUCCCCAAAACCACAUUUUCAGCAGAAAAUGAGAUGGAAUUGAAAGUAGAAGAAUCUCUCAUGAUGCCUGCAGUGUUUCAUACGGUAGCGUCACGGACACAACUUGCUGUGGAAAUGUAUGAGGUUGCCAAGAAGCUUUGCUCCUUUUGUGAAGGUCUUGUACAUGAUGAACAUCUUCAGCAUCAAGGCUGGGCUGCCAUAAUGGCCAACUUGGAAGAUUGUACAUACUCUUACCAAAAGCUACUUUUCAAGUUUGAAAAUGUAUAUUCAAGUUAUUUGCAGUCCAUAGAUGAUAUCAAGUUGAAACUUACACACUUGGGUUCUGCUGUUUCUAUCAUGGCCAAGAUACCACUGCUGGAGUGCCUAACAAGACAUAGUUACAGAGAGUGUUUAGGAAGACUGGAUUCUUCAGCUGAGCAUGGAGGGGCAGAAGGUGAAGAAACUGAGGAUGGGAAGUCUGCUGAACUGGUGCUUUAUUCUGAUGUAUCUAAAGUGAACAAUAAAUCAAUGUUAGCCUCAUUUUGCAAGUCAGUUGAACAUUCAGCUUUGGAAGGCACAGAUCCUGAAAAUGUAAAAGAUCGUAAGGAAUCUGGUCAAAAUGCUACUCUUCAGGACACUGAAACAUCAGUAGAAUUAAAAGAUGAUGAUCAGCCUUCCUUCAAUGUGUCUUUGUUAGACUGGAUAAAUGUUCAAGAUAGACCUAAUGAUGUUGAAUCGCUGGUCAGAAAAUGUUUUGAUUCUAUGAGCAGGCUUGACCCAAGGAUCAUCCAACCCUUUCUGGCAGAAUGUCGACAAACUAUCGCCAAACUAGAUAAUCAGAACAUGAAGGCUAUUAAAGGCCUUGAGGAUAGGCUCUAUGCAUUGGACCAGAUGAUAGCAAGCUGCAGCAGACUGGUGAAUGAACAAAAAGAACUUGCUCAGGGAUUUUUGGCUAAUCAGAAGAGAGCUGAGAACUUGAAAGAUCCUUCUGUGCUGCCUGAUUUGUGUUUGAGUCAUGCAAAUCAGCUGAUGAUUAUGUUAACUAAUCACAGAAAACUGUUAGAUAUUAAACAGAAAUGUACCACUGCCAAACAGGAGCUUGCAAAUAAUCUACAAGUCAGACUGAAGUGGUGUUGUUUUGUAAUGCUUCAUGCUGACCAAGAUGGAGAGAAACUACAAGCAUUGCUUCGUCUUGUAACAGAGCUCCUAGAAAGGGUCAAGGUUGUAGAGGCUCUCAGUACUGUUCCUCAAAUGUACUGUCUAGCUGUUGUUGAGGUUGUGAGGAGAAAAAUGUUCAUAAAACACUACAGGGAGUGGGCGGGUGCUUUAAUAAAAGAUGGGAAGCACCUAUAUGAAGCUGAAAAAGCAAAAAGGGAAUCUUUUGGUAAACUGUUCAGGAAGUCUUUUCUAAGGAAUCGUUUGUUUAGAGGACUUGACUCCUGGCCUCCAUCCUUUUGUACACGAAAACCUCGCAGAUUUGACAGUGAGCUUCCAGAUAUCUCAUUAAGUGACUUGCAGUUUUUGCAGUCAUUUUGUCCUUCAGAAGUACAGCCGUUACUCAGGGUUCCUAUACUUUGUGACUUUGAACCUCUUCACCAGCAUGUACGUGCUCUACAUAACCUGGUAAAAGCAGCACAGAGUUUGGAUGAAAUGUCACAAACCAUUACAGACCUGCUGAAUGAACAAAAGGCCUCCAACAGUCAAGCAUCGCCACAAUCUGCUACUACACCAAGGAUGGAAAGUACAACAGGAACCGCAAUUGCUACCUCUUCAAGAACUCCUCCAUCGCUCAGUCUUCAGGGUCCCCUGUGUCCUCCUGUGUGUCCCCCAGCUCCAUUAGAAGAAUUGUCUCCAGACAGCAUUGAUGCUCAUACAUUUGAUUUUGAAACUAUCGCCCAUCCAAACUUGGAGCAAGCUCUUAAGCAAGGAUCAUUAGACUUAGAUUCAUUAGCAGAAAGUCCAGAAUCUGACUUUAUGUCAGCAGUAAAUGAAUUUGUAAUAGAAGAAAAUCCAGUAUCUCCUAAUGUAAUAAGUGAUCCACAAAGUCCAGAAAUGAUGGUGGAAUCUCUUUAUUCUUCAGUUAUCAAUGCAAUAGACAGUAGACGUAUGCAAGAUACAAACUCUUGUGUAAAGGACAUUUCAGUAGAAAAUGCAUCUCUCAGUGUUUGCAUGGAGAAGUGUAGGGUUAUUGCCCAAGACUCGAAGGUACAUUUAAGAGGUAUAAAAGAAGAUCUUUGCCACUUUAGAACACUUGUACAAAGAGAACAGUGUGACUUUUCUAAUUCUUUAAAAUGCACUUCGUUAGAAAUAGUAAGUACUAUUGAGAAGGUAAAACUUUCACUUGAAAAAACACUAAAAGAUAAACAUCAAAAAGAAUUACAGUCUUUGAAAAGUGAAUAUGAAACUAAAAUUAAUAAAUUAUUGGAGGAUGGUGAAGAAAAUAAAAAGAAGAUUAAAAAGUUAAAAGGUGAUUUAUUAGGCCUUGAGGAAGUUCUUCAGAAUAAGAAUGAUGAAUUUGCAAUAGUGAAAAAUGAGAAAGAAGCUGUAGUUUGCCUUCAGAAUGAAAAAGACCAGAAAUUACUUGAAUUGGAAUGCCAAAUGGAGACACAAAAUUGUGAAAUUAAGGAACUGAGACAGUCACGUGAGAUAGUACUUGAAGACUUGAAAAAACUUCAUGUUGAAAACAAUGAAAAACUACAACUCCUGAGGGCAGAACUCGAGAGUUUAGAGCAAAACCAUUUAAAAGAACUGGAAAGCAACCUACAAGCCAGGCAUUUACAAGAAUUUGAGAAGGUGCUAGCUGAGCACAAGGACUGUUUAGAUAAAUUAAAAAAAGAGAACCAGCAUAGACUUGAACAAAUGCAGGAAUCUCAUGCAGUAGUUGUGCAAGAGAAACAACAACAAGUAGAAGACUUACAACUCAAGGUUUCAGAUCUGUCUGAUUUGAGGUGCAAAUUAGAAGUUGAACUUGCCCUGAAAGAGGCAGAAACUGAUGAAAUGAAGCUUCUUUUGGAAGAAAGUAGAAACCAGCAACAAGAGACCUUAAAAUCUCAGAUUGAUAAGGAAACUGAAAGCUUAAAAAAGGAGAUAGAUAAAUUAAACAAUAAAAUACAGAUUAACAGUGAUGAAUAUCAAGUGGGCUUAUCGGAACUAAGGACUCUGAUGACAAUUGAGAAAGAUCAGUGCAUUUCUGAGCUAGUAGACAGAUAUGAAGAAGAAUCAAAUUUGCUUAGAACUGAACUAAAUAAAGUAACACUUCUUCAUCAAAAAACUUCUGAGGCAGAAAAAAGACUUUCAGAGCAAAUAACGGAACUACAAAGUAAGUUAGAGUUGGAAGCGAAUGCCCUAGAAAAGGAAAAAACAGAAAAAUUGUCUCUCUGUGAGCAGCAGGAAAAAUACGAAGCUAUUAUCUGUAAGCUUAAGGAAGAGAAAGAACUGUUAGUAUCUAACCAAGAACAAGACAGGCAGUUGCUCAUUCAGAAGCUCAAUUGUGAAAAAGAGGAUGCAGUACAAACUGCUUGUAAAGAGUUUGAAUUACAGAGGGAAGCUGCUGAAAAAGGGCUUUUGGAAAAAAUACAACAACUUGAGAUGCAAGUAAAUCGGAG